AACAAAAGUAGUCGAACCUAGAAGAGGUAGGACAAUGGUUAAAAUGUCAUCGGUUUUGACAAUCCUUUUCAUCUUUCUAUCUUCAGUCAUGAUCAACCAUCUCCAUGUGGUCAGCUCUAAACAAUGGUGUGUAGCAAAACUGACCGCAACAAAUGCGCAGUUACAAAAAAAUAUUAAUUUUGGAUGUAGUGAAGGAGUUGAUUGUAGGCCAGUCCAACCUGGUGGAUCAUGCUUUAUUCCUAAUACUCUUAUAAAUCAUGCAUCAUUUGUGAUGAACGCUUAUUAUCAGAGCCAUGGUCGUUCCAAAAAAGCGUGUAGUUUCAAAAAGACUGGCACAUUUGCUGUUACCGAUCCUAGUUUUGGUAGUUGUGUGUAUGGAUCUUAGAAAUGUUUAAUUGAUUUUAAUAAUAAAUAUAAAUGGUUGGCUUAAUAAAAUCAUGGAUUGGAAGAUUUUCUUACCCAUUA